UCGAGACUAUGAUAUGAAGUAUUCGAUAAAUCUGGCAACAAGCUCUACAUGUCUGAUAAUAUCCGAAUCGACUCUGUUUUCCCUCUGGAUUUCUUUGAUAUUUUGCACUCUUCCCUGAAUGGAUCUUACCAUAGGGUCAAAGCUAUCAAAGACGGCCUGAGUGUCUUUGAUGCUACUUUGACAGCUGUUGAGGAUGAAGAUGGGGUCCAUCCACUCGUUAAACCAGUCCACAAUGAACAGGAUGUGGAAAUCUAUAAACCUAUUGUUCUCAGUCCAAGUAUUCUUACAUUCCCAUGGCAACCCAAGGUCGGACCUUAUCAGUACACAAUUAAGGCAACAGGUGGCAGUGGAAAUUUCAGAUGGUCUUCAUCCAACCCAAGUGUGGCCACAGUGACUGUCAAAGGCGUGAUGACGACAGUCAGUGACAUUGGUGUCAGCGUCGUAAAAGCACAGGAUAUGCGCAACCCACUCCACUUCGGAGAGAUGAAGGUAUACGUCGUUGAACCUGUGGCAAUGGACUUCGCUCCCUGUCGAGUGGAGGCCCGAGUGGGCACGAUUCUAGAACUACCGCUCAGAAUAUUUGGCCUGUUGGAGGAAGAGGGGAUGGAGGUCGUCAUGUUGAGUGACUGCUCCCACUUUGACCUGCAGGUUGAUGAGGAAAACCAAGGCGUCUUUCAGCAGCUUGAAGGUCGACUGUCUCCCGGCGAAGACCACUGCAGUGGAUUGAUGGCCAAAGCUCUGACCCCAGGCUACACUACGCUCUUGGUCAGCUACACCCAUGGCAACGUUCACCUCAGUGCAGAGAUCACCAUUGCAGCUUAUCUUCCCCUCGGCGCUCUUGACCCUGUGUCCGUGGCUGUGGUGACACUGGGUUCCUCUAAAGACAUGCUGUUUGAGGGUGGGCCUCAGCCUUGGGUUCUGGAGCCCUCUAAAUUCUUCUGUGAGUUGAGAGCUGAGGUGGAAGAAAGUGUGAGCCUGACUCUGACCAGCCCACUGUCCCAUAAUUAUGACCAGCAUUUGGUCAGAGCAACUUGCAGGGCCUUGGGAGAGCAGAUGCUGGAAGUGAGGGUGCGAAACAAGGUCAGCAUGACCAACCCUUACCCCGCUGUAGAGCGAGCAUCUGUCAGGUUUGUUUGCGCUCCUCCGUCACGCUUCACCCUGGUCCCGGUCUACGCCAUUCCGCAGCAGGAACUAGCAUGCCCUCUGGUGCAGCAGAACAAAUCCGUGGUCCCAGUUUCAAAUUGCCGCAACUCACUUCUGGACCUUGCAGCUUUUGACCACCAAGCGCGGACGUUUGACAACUUCAGCUCACUGAGCAUCGUGUGGGAAUCAAGCAAAGUGUCCCUGGCCAGUCUCGAGCCUCUGACCCUUCAACCCUUUGAGGAUGAAAACAAACAGAUGAAACUACUUGGCCGACAGACUGUUGUUGUGCACCAUCAAUCGGGGAUUGUUGCCAUCACAGCAACAGUGCUGGAUUACCAGCUGUCACAUAUCAAAGCAGCCAAAGUUCAGAGUCGAGUUGGCACAUUUGCCCCUGUGUCAGCAACAUUGGAACUCAUUUUAGUUGAAGAUGUGCACAUCUUUCCUGACACACUGACCUUAUACAACCACCCAGAUGUGCGGGGUAACCUUGCCCUGCGAGAGGGAUCGGGCCAUUUUGUUGUCAAAACCAGUGUUAAAGAUGUUGCAGAUGUGGUAUUGAAGGACACCCAAGGAACAGCUCAGGUUUCCCCCAUCCAGCCAGGUGUGGUGCAAGUGAUGGUUCAUGACCUUUGUUUGGCAUCCCCAUUGACAGCCAAAGCCACAGUGCAUGUUUCUGAAAUCCUGGAGGUGAAUUUGAGAGUGGUCGACAAGGUGGAAAUGGGCAAGUCAGUAAGGUGUUGUGUCAGAGUGUUGGAUGAUAACAAGAAGCCUUUCUCAGCCAGCUAUUUCCAAAUCAUGAAAUUGAAAGUUAAGGCAGUGACUUCAAACGUCUCAUUGAUACCAGUAGCAGAGUCUACAGAACACGACACUGCGGUUUACCUGGUAAAAGGCGUUUCUAUUGGCCAGACAACCUUGUCUGCUGUUGUAGUGGACAGAAAUGAGAGAAAAUUGUUAUCUGCCCCUCAACAGAUUGAGGUAUUUCCACCAUUCAAACUCACCCCCCAGAAAAUGACUCUGCUGAUUGGAGCAAUGAUGCAGAUCAAAUCUGAGGGUGGCCCGCAGGCUCAGUCCAAUGUUCUGUUUUCUCUCACGAAUGAGGACAUCGCCUCUGUAAACCGCAUCGGUCACGUCAAGGGUAUGACUACUGGUAACGUCACGGUGACGGGACUCAUCCAAGUUGUCGAUGCUGAAACGGGCAAGCUGGUUGUUGUGUCAAAGGAUCAAGUGGAAGUUGAGGUUGUGCGUUUGACUGCCAUUCGAAUUCAAGCACCCAAUAUACGAAUCAAGGCGGGAGCGCAGAUGCCUGUGUAUGUGAUGGGUUUGACCAAUAGUCAAACACCCUUCACAUUUGCUAAUGCUCUGCCAGGACUUAGCUUCCACUGGUCCACUACCAAAAAGGACAUCGUGGAUGUGCAGUCGAGAUACUCUGUGGCUAACGUGGCGCUUAACUCGGAGUACAAUUUCGGCAUGAGUGUGACUGGUCAGACAAGAGGGCAGACUGGGCUCAAGGUUGUCCUCAGAGUUCUCGACCCUGGUUUUGGUCAACUUGGUGGUAAUCUUCCAGACCUCGAAGAUGAGGUCCAAAUUCAGGUCUAUGACAAAGUGCACAUGAUUAAUCCCAAAGUCGAGGCCGAAGAGAUUCUCAUGACUCCAAACUCAGUCCUCAAACUUCACACAAACAGAGAUGAUGUGGAUGCGCUGUCAUACCGUAUGCUGGAUGACGCUGACCAGGUUGCUAUCGCUCAAGUUGAUGAAAAGGGCUUCCUCCACUCUGGGUCAAUCACUGGCACGUCACUACUGCUCGUUACUUUACAAGAGUCUUUUGGUGUCAAUCAGACUCUCAUCAUUGCAGUCAAGGUCAGUUUGAGAGGGUUCCUGUGA